UCUCCCCCAGUCCUCCUCCUCGUCACAGGAGCGGCUGCACCAGCUGCCCUUCCAGCCCACCAUGGAUGAGCUGCACUUCCUGUCCAAGCACUUCGGCAGCACCGAGAGCAUCACCGACGACGACGGGGGCCGCCGCUCGCCGCAUGUUCGCCCCCGCUCCCGCAGCCUCAGCCCGGGGCGCUCACCGUCUUGCUAUGACAAUGAGAUAGUAAUGAUGAACCAUGUCUACAAGGAGCGCUUCCCCAAGGCUACAGCCCAGAUGGAGGAGCGUCUGUCAGAGUUCAUCCAGAACUUCUCCCCGGAGAGCGUGCUGCCGCUGGCUGACGGGGUCCUCAGCUUCAUCCACCACCAGAUAGCAGAGCUGUCCAGAGACUGCCUGACCAAAUCACAGGACGGACUCAUCACAACGGUGUAUUUCUUUGAGCUGCAGGAGAAUCUGGAGAAGAUGCUCAACGACGCCUAUGAGCGUUCUGAGAGCUCUGAGUUGACCUUCGUCACUGAGCUGGUCAAAAAGCUCUUCAUCAUCAUAUCUCGUCCCGCCCGGCUUCUGGAAUGUCUGGAGUUCAACCCAGAGGAGUUCUAUCACCUGCUGGAGGCAGCGGAGGACCACGCCAAGGAGGGACACCUGAUGAAGACGGACAUCCCUCGCUACAUCAUCAGCCAGCUGGGUCUGACCCGGGACCCUCUGGAGGGUGAGACACACACACAUUUAAUGAAGAUGGAUACUCCUUGUUACGCCAGGACACUCUAGAGCCCUCAACU